GUCUCUCUCCCUGUCUCAGAGCCUGCGAAACCAUCGGAAAUCGGAAAAUAUUCUGGCAGCAGACAGCUGAGAGAGAGAGAGAGGAGCUGGGUAACAACUCCGUCUUAAGGCGCACAGCCGCGCUCAGGUCGCUACCCUAGUCCCAGUCGCUCUCCUGCACUGAACAGUUGUAAGAGACUCGGGGGGGGAGCAUGAGGAAGAAUUCUCCGUGGACCUUAUUGACCUCAGAGCUGCACGUUCACUGAUAGCAUCAAUUUUAGCUCAUGCUGGUGGAAACGCUAAUCUGCAUGGGAAUCUUGAAGGCUCUUGGUUUUUACUUUGCAGAGGACAAUUUUUCCUGAUCUCUACAUAUAAAAAGCCCCACCGAAUGCGAGCGCCGAUAGUCCAUCUGCUCCUUCCACAACUACUACUGGUUUCAGCCCCAACUGUCUAGCAUUUCGGAGCCAAAGAGGCUUAGGAAGAUCGGCAAACUGACAUCUCGUUGGCACCAUGCAGCGUUCGGGGCUUUCGUCUUUCUUCUCCCUCAGUCUUCAGCUGGGCAUACUGGUGGCGGUCUUGGUUCUCAAGAUUCAGCUCGUCGGCGCGGAAAGCCUCGACGACGAAGACAAGCCUCCCAACGCCACGGCCCGGUCGUGCACGGGAACUUACGAGUGUAAAGAAGGCGUCAUCUUGCCCGUGUGGGAACCUCAGAAUCCCUCCUUCGGGGACAAGGUGGCGCGGGCCACAGUGUACUUUGUGGCCAUGGUGUACAUGUUCCUGGGAGUCUCCAUCAUUGCGGACCGCUUCAUGGCUUCCAUCGAGGUCAUCACGUCUCAAGAAAAGGAGAUCACCAUCAAGAAGCCCAAUGGCGAGACAACGACAACUACAGUGCGCAUAUGGAAUGAGACCGUAUCCAAUUUAACCCUGAUGGCCCUGGGCUCCUCCGCUCCGGAAAUCCUGCUGUCCGUGAUCGAAGUCUGUGGCCACGGCUUCGAAGCCGGCGAUCUUGGGCCAAGCACCAUUGUGGGCAGCGCCGCGUUCAAUAUGUUCGUCAUCAUCGGCAUCUGCGUCUAUGUCGUGCCGGAUGGCGAGAAUAGGAAGGUGAAGCACCUGAGGGUGUUUUUUGUCACAGCAGCGUGGAGCAUAUUUGCCUACACCUGGCUAUACCUAAUCCUGGCGGUCAUUUCUCCAGGUGUUGUCCAAGUGUGGGAAGGCCUGCUCACAUUGUUUUUCUUCCCCAUUUGUGUUUUGUUUGCGUGGGUGGCUGACCGGAGGCUGUUGUUCUACAAGUAUGUGUACAAGCGCUACAGAACAGGGAAGCAGCGGGGGAUGAUUAUCGAAACGGAAGGCGACAGGCCGCUACCCUCCAAGGCAGACAUUGAGAUGGAUGGCAAGAUGCUUAACUCCCAUGCCGUUGAGUUCCUAGAUGGAACCCUAGCCCUCGAUGUAGAUGAUAAAGACCUGGAUGAAGAGGAAACCAGGAGGGAUAUGGCAAAAAUCUUGAAGGAACUCAAGCAGAAGCAUCCAGACAAGGAAGUUGAGCAGCUGAUAGAAUUAGCCAAUUACCAGGUCUUGAGCCAACAGCAAAAAAGCCGUGCCUUUUAUCGGAUUCAAGCCACAAGACUCAUGACGGGCGCUGGGAAUAUCCUGAAGAAGCACGCUGCCGACCAGGCCCGAAAAGCUGUCAGCAUGCACGAGGUCAGAACGGAAGUAGCAGAAAACGACCCCGUCACGAAAAUCUUUUUCGAACCAGGGUCAUACCAGUGUCUUGAAAACUGUGGAACUGUGACUGUGAACGUCAUCCGGCGGGGUGGAGACUUGACCAACACUGUGUCCGUGGAGUUCCGAACAGAAGAUGGCACGGCCAACGCGGGGUCCGAUUACGAAUUCACGGAGGGGACGUUGGUCUUCAAGCCGGGCGAGACGCAGAAAGAAAUCAAAGUAGGCAUCAUCGAUGACGACAUUUUCGAGGAGGACGAAAACUUCUUAAUCCACCUAAGCAAUGUCAAGGUGUACUCUGAGAACGCCGAAGACAACCCUGAGGCAAACCAUGUGGAGACCCUGGCGUGCUUGGGUAUACCUUCCACUGCAACUGUGACCAUCUUUGAUGACGACCAUGCAGGCAUCUUUACCUUUGAAGAGCCAGUGACGCAUGUGAGUGAGAGCAUAGGCACCAUGGAGGUGAAGGUUCUCCGUACCUCUGGGGCACGCGGGAUGGUUGUUGUCCCCUACAGAACCGUGGAAGGUACAGCCAAAGGCGGAGGAGAGGAUUUUGAAGAUACCCAUGGAGUGCUCGAGUUCCGGAAUGAUGAAACUUUCAAAACUAUAAAGGUCAAAGUAAUUGAUGACGAGGAGUAUGAGAAAAACAAGAACUUCUUCGUUGAGAUUGGAGAGCCCCGCCUGGUGGAGAUGAGUGAGAAGAAAGCCCUGUUGCUGCAUGAGUAUGGUGGAUUCGUGAAGACAGGGAGUGUUCUGUACGGCCAGAAUGUCUACAGAAAAGUUCAAAGUAGGGACAAUCCAGUUCCUUCUUCUGUCAUCUGCUUCGCAGAGGAAGGGGAUGAAACGGAGCCCCUGACUGGCAAAGAUGAGGAGGAGCGCCGCAUCGCAGAGAUGGGCAGGCCCAUGCUUGGAGAACACAUGAAACUUGAAGUGACCAUUGAGGAGUCAUACGAAUUCAAGAGCACAGUGGAUAAACUCAUCAAAAAGACGAACCUUGCCCUGCUGGUCGGAACAAACAGCUGGAGAGACCAGUUUAUUGAAGCCAUCACAGUCAGUGCUGGUGAGGAUGACGAUGACGACGAAUGUGGCGAAGAGAAGCUGCCCUCCUGCUUCGAUUACGUCAUGCACUUCCUCACCGUGUUCUGGAAGGUGCUGUUCGCCUUCGUGCCGCCGACGGAGUACUGGAACGGCUGGGCUUGCUUCAUCGUGUCCAUCUGCAUGAUCGGGCUCCUGACCGCCUUCAUCGGCGACCUGGCAUCCCACUUCGGCUGCACCAUCGGCCUGAAGGACUCCGUGACGGCCGUCGUUUUUGUGGCGUUGGGCACAUCUGUCCCAGACACGUUCGCCAGCAAGGUGGCCGCCAUCCAAGACCAGUACGCCGACGCCUCCAUCGGGAACGUGACGGGCAGCAACGCGGUCAACGUGUUCCUGGGCAUCGGCGUGGCCUGGUCCAUCGCGGCCGUCUACCACCAGGCCCAGGGCAGGGCGUUCAGGGUCGACCCCGGCACGCUGGCCUUCUCCGUCACACUCUUCACCAUCUUCGCCUUCAUUUGCGUCGGGGUGCUGCUGUACCGGAGGAGACCGGAGAUUGGGGGGGAACUGGGGGGACCCCGGACUCCGAAGAUCCUGACCACCAUGUUGUUCGUCAGCCUGUGGCUGUUGUACAUUCUCUUCUCGUCUUUGGAGGCUUACUGCCACGUGAAAGGCUUCUAAGGAGGAUCUUGAACAGCGGCCGCAGCAAAAUGUUUUUU